AUGAUAAAAUUUUUAAAAUCAAAAAUAAAAAUUUUAAAAAAAUUAAAUAUUCCUUUUUUAUUAUAUUUAUCAAGUAAAUAUAAUUAUAAAUUAUUAAAUUAUAAAAUAAUGUAUAAAUCUUAUUUUAAUUUUAAGUUAAUAUAUAUAAGAUAUAUAUGUUAUAAUUAUUGUUUAACAUUUAAACAAUAUUUAUAUUAUAUAAAAAAAUUGAAAAAUUAUAAAGAAAGUAAUAUUUAUUUUAAAUUAUUAUAUAUAUUAGAAUUAAGAUUAGAUGUAUUUUUAGUAAAUAUUGGUUUUUUUAAAACUAUAUUACAAUCGAGAUAUUAUAUAAAGUAUAAAAAUAUUUAUAUAAAUAAUAUUAAUAUAAAAUAUUAUAAUAUAAUAUUAAAUGUUAAUGAUAUAGUUUUUUUUAAUUCUAAAAUUAAAUAUAUAAUUUUAAAAAAUUUAAUGUAUAGAUAUAAUAUAUAUAUAUAUAUUUCUAAUUUAUAUAAAUAUAAUUUUAUUAAAAUUUAUAGUUUUAAUAAUUUUUAUAUAGUAUGUAUAUAUAAUUUAAAAAUUAAAAUAUUAAAUAAUAUAUUAUUAAAUAAUAUAUUAUAUAUAUAUAAUAAUAUUUAA